GUGAAAUCCACGACCAACAUCAAUAUCCCAGAUGAAUGCAUUAUUGCUUCGAGUUCCUGUUUCUUCUCCUUCAAUGAGCCCACGGGCGGUAUUCUAUACGUGAUCGUGAACUUCAAUCUGCAAAACUAGAGAUUGAGAAUGCUCCCAUCAUAAGGAACAAUCCAGGACUUAGUGCUUCUGUUUUACGAAAUCUUUCCAAAUUCAUAAGGAGUUAUGACUUGAUGGAUCACAUGCUCAAAGUUUAUAUCUACAAGGAAGGUGAGAAGCCUGUAUUCCAUCAGCCUUUGAUGAGAGGAAUUUAUGCCUCAGAAGGGUGGUUUAUGAAACUAGUUGAGGGGAAUAAAAAAAUGUCAAAAAUGGUAAGAAGGUCCUAGAGAAAUACUUGAAGAGCUAUGUUGCGUUAAUUGCAAGAAAGUAUUCUUUCUGGAACAGAACGGAAGGAGCAGAUCAUUUUCUUGUUGCUUGUCAUGACUGGGCCCCAAAACUCACAAAACAGUGCAUGAAGAAUUGCAUCAGAUCUCUUUGCAAUGCCAAUGUUGGUAGAGACUUCAAAUACCUGUUACAUAUAUACGUUCUGUUGAGAACCCUUUGCAGGAUCUUGGAGGAAAACCUGCUUCAGAAAGAUCUAUUCUUGCCUUCUUCGUCGGGGGCAUGCAUGGAUAUCUCCGACCAAUUCUACUACACUACUGGGAGAACAAAGAACCUGACAUCCAAUGCCACGUGAUAUUGAAAGCAAAAGAAUUUACGGGGAAUACAUGAAGAGCAGCAAGUAUUGCAUAUGUGCCAGGGGUUACGAGGUUCACACACCUCGAGUAGUUGAGGCCAUAUUCUAUGAGUGUGUGCCAGUCAUCAUAUCAGAUAACUACUCCUUUCUUUGAGAUUCAUAUUCCAAAUUCAAUUCCUAAGAGAGCCAGCCUCCGCAAGAAUUCCUCAGCAAGCAAGAAACCACUUCAAGAAACCACUUCCCUCUGCCGCACCUUCAUAUCAUUCCUACCACUGAGAGAGAGCCUCUGCAAGAAUUCAAGAAACCAUUUCCCUCCACCCUCGCAUUCAUUUCAUAGCUCUGCGUUCCAAACACUGAGAGAAAGCCUCUGCAACAAUUCCUCCUCAAAAAACCAUUUCCCGUGAAAUUUUAUACCUUCAGUCCACCAUGAAUAUGAUACCCUGAACCAUUUCCCUUGUUUCCCUCCCCCUGCAGAUUCAUAUUCCAAAUUCAAUUCCUAAGAGAGCCAGCCUCCGCAAGAAUUCCUCAGCAAGCAAGAAACCACUUCCCUCUGCCGCACCUUCAUAUCAUAGCUCUGCGUUUAAUUCCUACCACUGAGAGAGACCACUUCCCUCUGCCGCACCUUCAUAUCAUAGCUCUACGUUUAAUUCCUACCACUGAGAGAGAGCCUCUGCAAGAAUUCAAGAAAACAUUUCCCUCCGCCCCCGCAUUCAUUUCAUAGCUCUGCGUUCCAAACACUGAGAGAGCCUCUGCAACAAUUCCUCCUCAAAAAACCAUUCCCUUGAAAUUUUAUACCUUCAGUCCACCAUGAAUAUGAUACGUGUUGCAUUGAUCAGGCAAUAUUCUCAAUGCCACGAGGAAUGGAUCGUGGAUUAUUCCAGUAGUAUGGAGAAGGUGAAAGACGUGAAAUUUAAGAUUGAAGAGAAGACUGGGAUUCCAUCUAACCAACAACAGCUCUUUCUGGUGGUCGGAGAAGAGGAGAACGUAGUUCUUGAAUAUUUGAAGAGAGGAGUAGUGGUUCAAGUUGUAUCUUGUCCAGUGGCCACGGUGCCAAACGAGUAUAUGGGACCUCUUCUUGAUAAUUCGGAGGUUACAGUGACAGACGAAGAAAUUGCACACUACCUCAAUUUUGGUGAUACUUCUGGACAUCAAACAGUUGAAGUGAAUAUUACGGCUUGGUGGUUGAUUGAUCUUCAUUUUAGUCAACAAACUCGAGUGGUUAGCAUAAUGGACAGUGUGUCUACACUUAUACAGGAUUUCAGAGUGUUGUUGGCAAUACCAAAUUCACAACAUAUAACGGUACUGUUUAACGGAAGGGAAUUCGAGCAGAACUCUUGCCCAUUCCUAAACUUAUAUUGGAGCACAUAUUUGGUGGAUAUAAUCGUAGAGAAGGGAACCAUGGCAGAGGAGAUCAAUCAAAAUGCCGACGUCGGCGAGUGCUCAGCAGCAAAUCAAAUUCUUCGAGCCUCGGAUGGGAUUGAAUUAUAUUUCACUAAUGAUUCAGCAGCCGCGAAUGAUGCAGCAGCAUCAUCAGCAGCAAAUCAAAAUGUUCAAGUCUCGGAUCGGAUUGAAUUAUCUUUCACCCAUGUUUCAGAUGUUGCAUCAUCAUCAACAGCCGCCAAUGAUGCAGCAGCAGCAGCCAAUGCAGCAGCAGAAGCAGCAGCCAAUCAGAUAGAUGCUGCAUCAGGAGCCAACCAGACAAAUGCACACGAUGCUGCAGUAGUAGGCAAUGUAGCGCAGCAAAAUAGGAUCCAGGUGAAGGUCCAAAUCGGAAAGGGGCAUGCAUAUUUUCUGAGACCUUAUCCUACCGACUCUGUUUCUACUCUGAGAGCACUGUUGGCUCAAAGAUUGGCCUACUUGAACCUCCCUAUGCCGCGGAGGUAUCAUUUUUCAUUUGAAGGAAGUAUGGUGAAUGAGGAGUGGUCCAUCAAUGACCACGGCAUACAAAACAGAAGCACAAUUUUUCUGAUAGACCAGGACAGGUAUUUUCCGGAAUAACGAAAAUCUAGACUGACUCUACCGAUGAUUUCUUGCCCCUGAAAUUGAAAAUGAAGCUGACAGAGAGAUUUGUUCAAGUACAAGGAAAUUCUAGCUUAAUGGGGAUAGUGUAUGUAAAUGGCCAAUUGUGUCAUAAUAUUCAACAG